AUGGAAAGGGCAAGACUGUUGAACUGUGGUAUUUCUAAUAGUGAUUUGUUGAACUUUGGUAUUUCUAAUGGUAAUUUGUUGAACUGUGGUAUUUCUAAUAGUGAUUUGUUGAACUGUGGUAUUUCUAAUAGUGAUUUGUUGAACUGUGGUAUUUCUAAUAGUGAUUUGUUGAACUGUGGUAUUUCUAAUGGUAAUUUGUUGAACUGUGGUAUUUCUAAUAGUGAUUUGUUGAACUGUGGUAUUUCUAAUGGUAAUUUGUUGAACUGUGGUAUUUCUAAUAGUGAUUUGUUGAACUGUGGUAUUUCUAAUGGUAAUUUGUUGAACUGUGGUAUUUCUAAUAGUGAUUUGUUGAACUUUGGUGUUUCUAAUGGUAAUUUGUUGAACUGUGGUAUUUCUAAUGAUAAUUUGUUGAACUGUGGUAUUUCUAAUGGUGAUUUGUUGAACUGUGGUAUUUUUAUUGGAGAUUUGUUGAACUGUGGUAAUCCUAUUGGUGCUCAACUAGAAAUGAUGUUGUGUUUAAUUGUCUCUGCUGUUUAUUUACACCUGUCGAAAUAUGGAGCUAGUUGA